AUGGCCGACGACGAGGUGGUAUCAGCGUCGGCGGGCCCGGCACCUGUGCCGGUGCCGGCCAAGGCUGCCAGCGUGAGCCAGUCGGCCCCAUCCAGCAACAAGAAGAAAAACAAGAAGAAGAAAGACAAGAAGAAGACGAGUGCUCCCGUGACAGCACAGGUAAAGAAAGUUGGGAUGAUGAAAACCGCCUUUGGCGAUUAUCGUCGUCUCAUGCGCACACUUGGUCGACCCAAAGCACCGGGGGCAUUCCAUGAUGGGGUUCGCAGGGCAGAUGAUUCAAUGAGCAACCUCAUCUCGAGGCAUGCAAGCAUCCACGUCGACAAGAAAGGUUUCAAUCAAUUUUCAUGGCAUGAACGCAGACACACAGGGCAUGCCAUGGACAGCAGCGAGGUUGGCCCAGAGGACAACCAAGCAAACAAACGAAAAACCAGUAAGUCCGGAUCGCAAAACACACCACGAAAAAGGCAAGCGGGCUGAGCUCAGCCGACAGGACAGGCCCGGGACACAGGUGGUAGAAGAGCAAAAGCAUAACGGAAAACAAACAAAAACUAUCUGCACUCUCUGUGACAAACACAAACACAAACACACACCCACAUGGACGCGCGCACACACGUACACGUACACACACACACACACACACACACACACACACACACAAACAAAAAACCCAAGGCCAGGCCAGGCAGGGAUAGGGCAGGGCACUGCACAUCCAGCCAAUGGCGGCUAAGCGGACGCUCGGUCCCUGCGGAUGAAAGACCGUAGGCACCCGUCUCAGCGGCCAGGCCAAUGAAGCACCGACAUAACAGACACGAGCAGGUUGACACGCGAAAAACAAACAU